AUGUUAAACGAGAGCAAUAAACCAUUUACAUUUACAAAGGGUCCACAGCCUGAUCCGCCCUCGCGACCGCCAUAUCUGUCAAACUAUGUCGCUGCUGGACCCGGGAUCAAGUUGAACAACCAUGGGUCGGCUGACACACCACGAAAUCGAUUCGACUACUCGGUUGAGCUGCGACAAUAUCAGCAAAAGCAAGAAUGGCUCGCGUCGCAAAUCGAGCAGAGUAUGUUUGGGGACACAGAAUCACAGACCAAGGUCGCCCGCAAGUGGGUGGUUGACCAGUGGCAAAGAUGGGGAAUCUGGAACAGAGAAUGGCCAGAGGAUGGCCCAAGGCCGGAAGAGCCAUGGGGCAACGGUCACCCCGCCUGCCUGCUGGCUAUGGAAUUGACAUGGGAAAUCGAACACAUCGUGACCAUCCGGCAGCCUGUUGAUGUUUCCAAAAUCUGUAACACCAAAGCGCCGCAUGGCUCUGAUACUCCGCCUCUGAAUUGGUCUUGGGAAGUUGUGGCUGCACUGGCAGCAGAGCGAUUAUUCAGUCGUCACAGUCAGAAUGGUUUUCCUUCCACCAAGAUUGAAAUGCCAAGCGUGGCAUUCCGUCGGGACCUGAAGAAUCUCUCUGGAAAUCUCUCGGAGCCGGUGCAGAAGUUGGUGGCAACGGUGAAGGAUUGGGACGGCCUAAGUCUUUCGCUCGGAACGCAAAUCGAAAGACGAGUCAGAUUCGGGGACCCAAUCGGCACAACGCACACCAAGCCAAGUACAUUGGAGGCUGGUGAAGCGCGGAAGUCUGAUAAUCCGUUUGGACGAGGCCUCUUCGGCAUGUUGCCGCGGGAGACAAGUACAGUGAGUGAUUCUAGAGCGCGCAGCUCUGAAUCCAAGACAGUACGAGGUGGAUAUAACGCGGAAACUUACCGACGACUAUUUGGCACAGCGGCCUGGCAGCCAAGUACAUUGGAGGCUGGUGGAUUGCGAAACUCUGAAAACGAGCAAGGACGAGGCCUAUUCGGAUCAACGUACCGGGAGGCAAGUCCGUUGAAGGCGAGUAUUUUUGUUACCGAGUCAGGACAAGCUUUUUGGGGCGUGGCAACGGACCAGCACGCAGAUGAUGACGACACACCAAGCCUAGCCGGCGAUACGGUCUGGAAGGAAAAUGGAACAACGAUUGUAGGAUUAGACAGUUCUGAUAACGAGGAAGCGGUGCCGACGUCCGGCCGUCAGGUUAAGGAAGCGCGAAGCUCUAAUGACGAGGAAGCGGUACGGACGUCUGGCCGACAGAUUGAGGAAGAGCAAAAAGCUGAGAUUGCCGAGAUUGCUGCGAGCAUCCGAGCGAUUCGAGGGCCCCGCCGGCGGGAUCUUCAUCGCAAACCUGGUGAGAAGUCUGUCAGGCUGACACAAGGAGGCCGUAUUAAGAAAGCAUACAAGCGCCCUCGAUACACGCCUAGCGCCUUGAUCGCCUUGUUCAAGCGCGCCUCCCCAGGCGCCGCCUUCAAAAACAUUUACAUUUUGCCAAAAAUUCCAUCUGUAAACUUUCUUCUGUUCCCCACUGACUACAUUUACGGCGCGUUACUCCUACAUUCGACAUCACCCGUGAACAUACAGUCGCUCUCCAAACACAAGAAUCAGUACGGACCUUUCGCUAUUCUUCCCAUCCGCGUCACCCCUACCCUAUUAUUUUCGUUUUACGCCAUGGAAGAAACCGCAUUCGAAGCCAAUCUUCGACUGGCCUUUACCAUCGCGACUGUUCUUCUGCGUCCGUUUGCACGCCUUGAAACCUUUUGCCUGUGGCUCCUCGGAAUCGACGUAGCGACCACAUUUCGCAUGCUGCCCGAGCGAGAUGCACACCCCGAAUUCCCUGCUAUUCUCCCCAAUGGUAUCUCCUUAAUCUUCAUCCUCAUGAUUCCAUACCUCGUCUGGCGCGAGAGCCAUCCUGGCCUCGAACUCUACGCAGGUUGGGCACUCAAGCCGCUGACACGCCGCUGCGGUCGCUGGGGACAAUGGGCGCUCAUGCUGCCACGCGUCUGGCUGUACACGGCCAUACUCAACCAUUCUAUGCUGUCGCUUAUAAUCGAUCCAAGCUGCGCUGUAUUCACGGGCUUCAAGAUCUGCUAUUCCAUAUUUUGGCUUUUGUGA